AUGGCUGGUGAACUCGACAGUCGGGUGUCACCUUUGACGCUCGAAGAAAUGGCGAAAGUCAAGAACCCCAUGGACUUCUACCGACAGUACAUCGCCGAGCAGUUAUCACCCAUCGUCAACCGACCAGAGAAAGAACUCAUUCCAUUAAUACAGUGGCCCAUGACACUAGACAAGGGGGAUCUUGUGCUAGCUGUUCCUGCAUUGAGAGUGAAGGGCAAGCCGCCCCAGGAUCAAGCCAAAGAAAUCGUUGAAGCGUUCCCCAAGACGGAUGAUACCCUCGUCACAGUGAGCCAGGCAGGCCCAUUCGUCCAGUUUUUCGCGAAGCCAGAACAUAUCAUCAAGACGACCAUUCAAGAGAUCCUCACACACACGAAGGCGUAUGGUUCAAAUCCAACUCCGGGACUGAAAGACCCAUCGGACCCAUCCAAGGGGCAAAAGAAGAUCAUCGUCGAGUUCUCAUCUCCGAAUAUUGCCAAAGAAUUCCACGCAGGCCAUCUUCGAAGUACCAUCAUUGGCGGCUUUUUGGCGAAGCUCUAUCAAAUUCUGGGUUGGGAGGUAUUGAGGAUGAACUAUCUGGGAGACUGGGGCAAACAGUAUGGUCUGCUGGCAAACGGCUUCAAAGAGUUUGGCAGUCAGGAAGAAUUAGACAAGAACUCGAUCGCACAUCUGUUCCAGGUCUAUGUCCAGAUCAACAAGGUGAAAGAAGCCCAAGAUGGUCCGAUCAACGAGCUGAAGAAAGAAAUAAAAGAGAAGAAAGCUAAAGGCGAAGAUGUUUCUACACUGGAGGCCAAGCUUGCACCCUUAGUGGAAGAGAGCGAAGACGAGAAGGCGAGGAAGUAUUUCCGGAGUAUGGAAGAGGGUGAUCCGGAAGCGUUGGCGUUGUGGCAGCAGUUUAGGGACUUGAGUAUCAAGAAAUACCAGAAGACAUACGCCAGGUUGAACAUCGCAUUCGAUGUCUACUCGGGCGAGUCCCAGGUGAAGCAAGAGACAAUCAAGCAGGUGUUGGACAAUCUGAUGGCGAAAAAGAUUGCAGAAGAGUCCGAUGGAGCAAUCCUGAUCGACUUCGCAAAACAUGGCGCUAAGAAGCUCAACAAAGCUAUCAUCGUAAGGAAGGACGGCACACCGUUAUACCUGACACGAGAUCUGGCUGCUAUCCUGGAGCGAUACAAUGACUAUCAUUUCGACAAGAUGAUCUACGUUGUUGCAGACCAGCAGAAUGAACACGUCGCACAGCUUUUCAAGACAACCGAGAUCAGUGGGCACAAGGACAUUGCCGAUAAAUGCGAGCACGUCUCCUUCGGCAUGGUCAAGGGCAUGAGCACACGCAAAGGCACCGUCAAGUUUCUGGACGACAUCAUUCAGACGGUCAAGGAUACCAUGCUUGAUGUGAUGAGGAAGAACGAUCAGAAAUAUUCACAGUUGGACGAUCCAGACGCCGUGGCCGACACUCUGGCUAUCACGGCGAUCAUGGUGCAGGAUUUGACAGGCAAGGUUCGAAACGGCUACGAAUUCAACAUCAACCAGAUGACGGCAUUUGAGGGAGACACCGGUCCAUACCUGCAGUAUGCGCACGCGCGGUUGUGCUCGAUCGAACGCAAGGCGAACGCAGAUCUCAGUGCGCUGGGGUCUGCCGACUUGUCACUGCUGCAAGAGACUCACGCUAUCAACCUAGCACGAUCCCUUGCCCAGUACCCCGAUGUCGUCCUUAACACGCUCAAGACGCGCGAACCGGCCACCGUGCUGACCUACUUGUUCAAGAUGGCCCAUGCGCUGAGCUCAAGUUACGACCACUUGCAGGUGGUCGGAAGUGAACCUGAGCUGCAGAAAGCUCGAUUGGCACUGUACGAAGCUGCUCGCCAAGUGUUGUGGAAUGGCAUGACCUUGCUCGGCUUAACCCCGGUCGAGAGGAUGUAA